CACCUUAUUAACCACCCAAAAACUGCUCAUCCAACCUGUCCUAUUAGCCUCUCCCAGAGCAACCACCACGAUGGUCUAAAUGCUAGAAGCCGCAGAAGAAUACACCGGUUUCCAGAGCCGGGCGGAGCCGAGCAGAGAUAACCAAAUCACGCCGAGGGUGCUAACCAUUUUGUCCUCUGUUCUAGAGAAGCUAGUGGCUCGAAACGACCGACUUGUUAUGGAGGGCCCGAGCCAGCAGCACCAACUCGAGGGCCUGAUGUACGGUACCAGCACCAGAAAAAGCUUGAACGCCUUUCAUGGAGUGAGGCCUCCCGCCAUAAGCAUAGCCAAGUACUUGGAGAGGUUAUACAAGUACUCGAGUUGCAGCCCAUCAUGCUUCGUAGUGGGAUAUGUGUAUAUAGAUAGGCUGCUACACAAGUGCCCUGACUCACUCGUGGUAUCAAUAAACGUUCAUAGGUUACUUGUCACAAGCAUUAUGGUGGCCUCUAAGAUGCUCGACGAUGUGCACUACAACAACGCGUUUUAUGCCAGGGUUGGUGGAGUGAGCAAUGCUGAGUUGAACAAAUUGGAAGUAGAGUUGCUGUUUUUGCUGGACUUUGGAGUUGUGGUGAGCUCUCGAGUUUUUGAGAUAUAUUGCUCGCAUUUGGAAAAGGAGAUGUUGAUGAACAAUGACUAUUCUUGCCUCAAGAUUGAGAAAGUGUUGGCUGUGGAUGAUGUGACUGAAAUAUCAGUUGAAGAUACACAGAUUUCUUCACCUCAAAUACGAGACUGACUGGUUUGCUUAAACAAUGUUAUCUUUUUUGUUUUUCUCCUAAAAUUCAUUGGAUCUAAUGGAAUAUACACCAAGUUGAGACCGAUGUGAAAGGACUCUUAAACUAUAUAUAAAUAAAUAUAUUUAUAUGGACUAUGAUAGACCAAUGAUCCUGCUAAGAUUGUAGUUGUUUUGUUCUUCUUGACAUUUCUAAUACCGUCUAUUAUUAAUUUCUAA